UCCCAUAUACCUACAAUGUCAUUCGACAUAUAUACUUCGACGUUGAACCAGUUCCAUUUCGACCCGGUCUGCUCAUCAAUGGCUUCCCAGAGGAGGAGGAGGAGGAAGAAGAAGAAGCCCUUCUUUUCCGUCUUCCUGGCCAACCUCACCUGCAGCAGCUGCACCAAGCCGAGCGCCUCCGAAGCCACCCGUCUGCGGCCCGAUCAGGGGUUCCCGGGCUUCCUCACACCCGAAAAUGACUACGAGUCCGCCAGGUUCUCCCUCCAUGCCGCGACUCCACCGCGCCUCUUCCCUGGGGGCGAUCAUCAUCGGGACGACAAGCCGGCGGCAGACGUGGUGUACGUGGUGAGCCCGUGCAGGAAGAUAACCAACAGUGUGGCGAUGGCGAAGGAGUCGGAGGACCCGUACGAGGACUUCAAGCGGUCGAUGCUGCAGAUGGUGUUCGAGAAGGAGAUCCACUCGAAGAGCGACCUCCGGGAGCUCCUCAACUGUUUCUUGCAGCUCAACUCCCCGGCCCACCACGACGUCAUCUCCCGGGCUUUCGCUGAGAUCUGGAACGACGUCCUCUCCAAGAAGAUGGACAAGGGCGAGUCCCGGGUCGGGGUCGUGAGUUGCUUUACGUGAGCCCGAGCCCGAGCGUGCUUUGCUCAGGGCUUGGGAUCGAAAUGCAUGUAUACUUUUAUUUUCCAGAUUGAAGUAACCGAGUUAAAGUGUAUGACUUUAUAUGCAUCUUUCUCACGUGCAUGUCUGGGAAAGAAUAUUCCUCCCUUGAUGCAUAUGUAAUCUCUGUUCAAUUUAUCGAUUCAUCUGCAUUUAUACGUUUUC